AUGAUGAGGAAAAUGGAGAAUUAUGGUCAGUCACGAUAUCCGUACCCUUACGGGGGUCAGUACCCAUACCCAUACCCACCCUACCCAUAUAGCUCGGAGGCGUACCAAGCAGCAGCAGCACCCCCUUAUUAUCCAUACCCACCACCACCACCACCGUCAUAUGCUCUUCAUCAGCACGCUUCAGGCUCACAUUCUGGCCCACUGGACUACUCCCACAAGCCACAAUCUCUGUCGGCUCCUCCAGAGUAUCCCCGCCAUUCUUUCGACUACCAACGCCAACCUUCUCCUUACCCUCUUCAACAGCCGCAGGGCAACUAUGGUCACUAUUCGCAUCAAGAGCCUCCCCUAUACCCAAGCCUAUCAUCUUCUGACGAGCCUCCCAAAACUCAAGCCUAUCAUCGCCAAGACUGUCUCCCUUCCGCUCAUGCUAGUCCGAGCAACUCUUAUCCCCCCCUGGAUGCUCUCCACAUUUCUGACAACCACUCCUGGCAAUUGUAUCGUUACCCUAACUGCUCAUUUCCAAGCAACUCUCAUCUCCCAGUCCUGGACCGAGUUGAUUCCUCAACUUCACAUAUGCAGAUGACUCCCUUUGGUAAAGGCUCCUUGAAGGUCCUCCUGUUGCAUGGCAAUUUGGAUAUCUGGAUCUAUCAUGCCAACAACCUCCCCAACAUGGAUAUGUUCCACAAGACUCUCGGUGACAUGUUUGGAAGGUUGCCUGGCAAAAUCGAAGGCCAGCUUUCCAGGAAGAUUACCAGUGAUCCUUACGUCUCCGUCUCAGUCGCUGGUGCCGUCAUCGGAAGGACCUAUGUCAUGAGCAACAGCGAGAAUCCUGUUUGGAUGCAACAUUUUUAUGUUCCCGUCGCUCAUCAUGCUGCAGAAGUUCAUUUCGUUGUUAAAGACAGUGAUGUCGUGGGCUCGCAGCUUAUAGGAUUGGUUACGAUCCCCGUGGAACAGAUAUACUCAGGGGCUAAAAUGGAAGGAACCUAUCCGAUCCUAAGCAGUAGUGGCAAGCCUUGCAAACCAGGGGCGAGUUUAUCACUAUCCAUCCAGUACACUCCCAUGGAGAAACUCAGUGUUUAUCACCAUGGAGUUGGUGCAGGUCCUGAUUACCAAGGGGUGCCUGGAACAUAUUUUCCGCUUAGAAAAGGCGGAACUGUCACAUUGUACCAAGACGCACAUGUCCCUGAAGGGAUGCUCCCUGGUUUAAGACUAGACAAUGGAAUGUCUUACCAGCACGGCAAGUGUUGGCAUGAUAUGUUUGAUGCCAUACGCCAGGCAAGGCGUUUGAUUUAUAUCACGGGUUGGUCAGUGUGGCACAAAGUUAGGCUGCUCCGGGAUAAAGCAGGCCCGGCGUCGGAAUGUUCUCUUGGUGAGCUCCUAAGAUCAAAGUCCCAAGAAGGCGUCAGAGUCCUGCUUUUGAUUUGGGAUGACCCAACUUCACGUAGCAUCUUGGGUUAUAAAACAGAUGGCGUUAUGGCAACCCAUGAUGAGGAGACACGCCGUUUUUUCAAGCACUCCUCUGUUCAAGUCCUGCUCUGCCCCCGUAAUGCUGGAAAGCGACAUAGCUGGGUCAAGCAGAGGUUAGUCCACCAGGAAGUUGGGACAAUCUAUACACAUCACCAAAAAAACGUAAUAGUGGAUGCCGAUGCUGGUGCUAACCGAAGGAAAAUUGUAGCUUUUGUCGGUGGGCUUGAUCUGUGCGACGGCCGGUAUGACACUCCUCAACACCCGUUGUUCAGGACAUUACUGACAGUUCAUAAAGAUGAUUUUCACAACCCAACUUUUACGGGAAACCUUUCCGGAUGUCCAAGAGAGCCGUGGCAUGACUUACACAGUAAGAUCGAUGGACCGGCUGCGUAUGAUGUGCUGACCAACUUCGAGGAGAGAUGGUUGAAGGCUGCAAAGCCUAGCGGGAUCAAGAAGUUUAAGACUUCCUAUGACGAUGCGUUGCUGAGGAUCGAUAGGAUUCCAGAUAUAUUAGGAGUUUCUGAUACUCCUACUGUUCGUGAGAACGAUCCCGAGGCCUGGCAUGUUCAGAUUUUCCGUUCAAUCGAUUCAAACUCUGUGAAAGGUUUUCCAAAGGAUCCAAAAGAUGCUACAUGCAAGAACUUGGUGUGUGGGAAGAACGUGCUCAUUGAUAUGAGCAUACACACAGCGUAUGUCAAGGCCAUUCGUGCAGCCCAACACUUCAUAUAUAUUGAGAAUCAGUAUUUCAUUGGGUCUUCCUACAACUGGAAUGCGCACAAGGACAUAGGUGCGAAUAAUUUGAUUCCAAUGGAAAUUGCGUUGAAGAUAGCUGAAAAGAUAAGGGCAAAUGAACGGUUUGCUGCAUACAUUGUCAUUCCAAUGUGGCCAGAAGGUGUUCCAACCGGUGCUGCUACCCAGAGGAUUCUCUAUUGGCAGCACAAGACAAUGCAGAUGAUGUACGAGACUAUCUACAAGGCGUUAGUGGAGACCGGGCUUGAGGGAGCAUUCUCCCCACAAGAUUACCUCAAUUUCUUUUGUCUUGGCAACAGGGAAAUGGUGGACGGAAUCGACAACUCGGGAACAGGAAGUCCAAGCAACGCAAACACUCCUCAGGCAUUGAGUCGGAAAAGCAGAAGAUUUAUGAUCUAUGUUCACUCGAAAGGGAUGGUAGUAGAUGACGAAUACGUAGUGAUUGGAUCCGCAAACAUUAACCAAAGAUCAAUGGAAGGCACAAGAGACACAGAGAUUGCAAUGGGAGCUUAUCAGCCUCAGCAUACGUGGGCAAGGAAACAAUCUGGUCCAAGGGGUCAGAUCUAUGGAUACAGAAUGUCGCUUUGGGCAGAGCAUAUGGCAACACUAGAUGACUGUUUCACGCAACCGGAGAGUAUAGAAUGUGUAAGGAAAGUGAGAACAAUGGCGGAGAGAAACUGGAAACAGUUUGCAGCUGAAGAAGUCUCAGACAUGAGAGGACAUCUGCUAAAGUAUCCAGUGGAAGUCGAUCGGAAAGGCAAAGUCCGACCACUUCCCGGGAGUGAGGCGUUCCCGGACGUCGGAGGUAACGUUGUCGGAUCCUUCAUAGCCAUACAAGAGAAUCUAACCAUUUGA